GAUUGAUGAAGUCCAGCUCAACUCCCUGACACUUCCCAUCAGUCCGCGAAUGCCUGUGGAUCUAUAGGCUAGACUGGAUAGUUAGGCUUUGUUGAAAACAAGAAAACAAGAGCCGCAGAGCUUCAGGAUGCAAGCAAUAAACUUGGACACGUUCAGCCUGUCGCUGCUCACCGCCAAAGAGGACAUCCUGAACGGGCGCGCAUCCACAGACUGGGCGUUGUUUGCGUAUGAUGGAUUCACCAACAAUCUGAAGCUCUUUGAUUCUGGAAAUGGAGGCUUGACAGAAUUGGCCCAGAAGUUUCACAUUGCCAAACCGAUGUACGGACUGUGCAGAAUUGCACUGCCUGGUGUGGAACAGUCACGGAUAAUCCUUAUCUGCUGGGUUGGAGAAGAUGUGGAAGAGUUUCGAAGGACAGAAUGUGCAAGUCAUGUACCUGCAGUCAGAAGCUUCUUUAAGGAAGCCCAUGUGUUUAUCAGUGCCUCUAAUAAAGAUGAGUUGACUGAGGAAAAGAUUGCAGAAAUUCUGGCAAAAGUUCGUCCACCCAUGGAGAGAUUUAGAAGAAGCUCCAAAUCGACAGAGAAAGAAGAAACAGUGGGAACAAACUACAGGAAGACGAACGCUGCCAUGGAGAUGAGAUGGAUUAACAGAGAAUCCUUCUGGGCACGUGCAGAGCGUGAGGAAGAGGAGAGGAAGGAGGAGGAGAAGAAGAGGGCUGUGGAGGACAGGAGACGCAGAGAGAGAGAAAGAGUUCUGCAAGAAAAGAAGGAGGCAGAGGAGAGAGACAGAAAGAUGAAUGAAAAAUUGCAAAUGAUUGAGGAGCAAAGGAAACUGGAUGCCAAACGUCAAGAAGAAGCUAGAAGACAGGAGAAAACUCGUUGGGAGGUGCAGCAGAGAGAGCAUGAAGAGGAGAUGAGGGCUCGACUCAGACGCAGCGAGUCCAUAGAGAAAGCAGCUGAGGCAGCGGCCCUCGUUUCCCAGCGCUCCAUGAACCCACGGGAGUUUUUCAGGCAACUAUCACAAAGCUCCACCAGCCCUGUAUCGCCUCGCUCAGGCAAGCCGCCAUUCCGUCGUUACCAGCGCAGUUUGACAGACACUGCUUUCAUCUUCGAGAAAGCCAGUGCCAGUAGUGGUCCCACUUCCCCAAUCAGCCCCUCUGUCACCUCCCCUUUCUCUCGCACACCGACUAGUCCCUUCAAUCGCUGCAUGUCCCCGACUAGCCCCAGCUUCCGUCCAAUAAAAUCUCCCCAAAGCCCUCACGCACCUUUGAGGACUCCUCCCACAUCUCCAGUUGAGUGUUCUGCCCCACCCAUCUCCUUUCUGCCCAGCCUGCCAGAGUCUAAAGCUCCUCCACCUCAGUCCUCCCUUCCUGACCUUCCUCCUGCCCAGAUCACUACAGUCACUGAAUCUUCAAGUGUGAUCAAGAGUAAAUCAUCUAGUGUAGAAGAUAAUGAGCAGAAACCUGCAACUAUCCCAGAUGCUACAUCUGCACCCCUGCCUGACAAACCAGUUCCAGUAAAGGAAUCCAUCUCAGAGCUCCUCAUUGACACCUGCAUGCCGGAUGGAAUAGAGGAAGACUUAGAUAUCAUAGUCGGGCCAAAGAAAGAAGAGGCAAAAUUACCGUCUGAAGCAUGCACCGCCUGUCUUCCACUCACAGAAACAUCGAUCAGCUCUCAAGAUCUAGCUGAAGCAGAGCAGGCCUUCCUGCCACGAUCAGAACAUAUUGCUGUUUCUGCUCUAAUUGAGGUGGAUGAACCUAUAGAGGAGGAAGAACCAGAGCAGGAGGAAGCUGAAAAAUCAUCAGAGUUUGGUUCAAGCGGGGAACAACCAGAGUCUGAAACAUUAGCCAGUAAUGAAGAAACCCUGGUGAAAGAGACUGGGGUUAAUAUUGGAUAUGAAACAGAAGUGUGUGUAGAGGAGACUAAAAACCUUGUGAUUGAGGAAGGAAGACCAGACCAAAAUGGUGUAUGUCCUCAGAAUGGUACAGCCAAGGAAUGUGAUGAUUCGUCUGACCAUAGCACACCAGAGAAGUAUACUUACAUAGUCAAUCGCGAAGAUUCUGAGGAAGAAGAUGCCCAAAGUGAAGAGGCAGAGAAUGGAGAGUCCUCAGCAGACAGGCCGCUUCUACGCGUGCGAGCGCUCUAUGACUACCAAGCAGAGGAUGAAACCGAGAUUUCUUUUGAGCCUGGGGACAUCAUCAUGGACGUGGAAACAGUGGACAAAGCCUGGUGGAGGGGUUUCAGCAAAGAUGGCCGUCAUGGUCUCUUCCCUUCCAACUAUGUGGAGACCAUCUAAGGACCAAUUAUUUUUCAGAGACAGUUAUUUGUCUUUUAGGUUCAGUACCAGCACUCAGGGAACAAAAUCUUUGGGUUAUCCACCAGAGGGAGCUAAAAACAGGCUCCAAGUAUUCUGGCUGUGCCACAGUGAAGGUACUAAAAGACCAAUGGGACAAAAAGACAACAAAAUGAUCUGAGAUCAAUGCUUGUGCAACAGUCUUGUGCAUGGCAAAGUGAGACAGAUUUCUUGAAGUUAUUCUGAACCAUCUUCUACAGGAUAUUGUUUUUGUUUAUUUUUAUUACCUAUGAUUUGGCUCAGCAGUAUGUUUGAUUCUCUUAGUUAUGUUUCUAACACAGAAAUCAGUCAUUAUGGUAUUGACCGAUUUAUGGCUUUGUAAUUCUAAUGUUAGAUAUAGAAACUAUAAGCCUUCGUUACAACUGCAUUUAGAGCAUGUAUCAGUUUAUUGUUUGUUAUCGGGAUGAACCCUGUAUUACUUAUAAAGUUUCUGCAGUGCUGCUGAGCACAUUUUGAUCAAUUUUUUCAUGUAUUUACAUUAGGCUUUUGCAAUAUUGAUUUUUCCCUGCUUGUGAUUUACCAUUUGAAAAAAAAAAAAAAUUGAAAAAUUCAAUGGUCCAGAACAGAAAAGAAAAGGAACACAAUGAUAUCAGCUGUGCAGUCAGGAACUGCUUGCUGGCAGUGGCAACCGCAAAAAAGCUUGAUCCCGGAUUUUGGGGUAAUUGUGCAGUAUGAUAGAAAAUAUCUACUUGUCUAACGAUAGUUAAGUCAAACACACAGUAAAAGAUUUUAUUUUAAUAUUAACAAACUCAAGAUAUUCUCUAUUUACCUUGACAAAGUGAGGGCACAUGAGAUAGGGAGAAGGGGAAAAGGGGGUGUAGCUUCUAAGCAACGAUUAAUAUCAGAGUGUUCAUAGUACAUUCACAAAUCCAGAUUUAUGUCAAUUGGCUUCCAGUUUAUGUCAAUCUUCCAGUUUAUCGGGUAGAAAAAAAAGACUAUUUUGGUGUAUGGGUUUGAGUGAGAAGUUGUACUAAGGUACCUUGAUCUUAAGGUUGGCUUUCCUAUGCAAAAUCUGCAAAUGGUGGCAGGUCUGUUGAUGUAUAAUAAUGUAACUGGAAUGAAUGUAAACUAUCAUGAUAUGAUGAGUCGCUAUAUUGCACAAGCCUAAUGUAAUCCCAAAUUGUGCUUCACUCUGUUAGUUCACAGUAAUGCUGAGGUGAGGAUAUAUUUUUACUAACCAACAUCUGACCGAGGCGGUAAGGUUUAUUACUGUAUUUGUGCUGAGUGAAACAUUUUAAUAAACACAAAUUAAAUACA